AUGCAAACGCGACGUGCAAAGUUGGAAAUUCACGUUCUAGUGGCAGGGGCUUGCGCUGCUGCCUUUGACAUGAAACACUUACCAGACCGAAGACAACAACUCGUCUUAAGGGUAUGUGAAGCAAGUGUCGACCCAGUGCGGGGCUUGUCGUUUGGGUUUGAUCCAAGUGAUAGCCACAAAGACAAAUGCCAGCACAUGACAGUGCAGUUUUCGUGCCCGCUGCGAGAGGAGCAAAUGACUAGCACCUGA